ACACGAUAAUAACUCGCCAAGAACAUAAAGCGUGGAAAGAAUGGCGAGCUUCAGAACUUGAACGUGAUAUUGAGUACUGUCAUCCCAGGUGGCCACAAGAAACCAAGUAUAUCAACGCAGAGAUAAAAGCUGUUAGAAAUCUCUCCCUUAUGUCGGGUUCUGAUUACUGGAUAUAUUUUGAUUGGAUCGCACUCGUGUUUAUCCUGGCAACAAUCGUAUCUCACGUGGUUUUCUUCCACUACAGUACCGAUUUAUCCAAAGAAGCCCACCAUUACAUCAUAAUGCCGUUACUUCUGAUACUCUGGUACAGAAUGUUCAAAUAUGCAAGACCCUUUGAAGGUGCUGGUCCCUUUAUUGUUAUCUUUGGCAGUGUAAUAGGUGACAUUAUAAAGUGGGGAUUUUUCAACAUCAUCAUUUUUAUACCGUUUGCCUGUGCAUUUUGGUUAACGUUUGGUUCUAUUUCGUCCACUCCUGUCAAUGGCUACAACGAAGUUGGUUCACUGUUGUACAACAUCUUUUCCAUGAUG